AGUGCUCCUCGCGCAGGACCGGAGUGGUGUUCACUCGGCGGCGCGCCACGGCGCGACAUGCCCAGCUGAUGUUUAUUUAUACCGCGAGCUCGGUGGAGGGUGCGCGCGGGAGGCCCUCCCCUCCGCGGCACCACGGUUUCGCGUGAUGCAGCCGAGCGAGCUUGCCGACACCGCGCACGCCACUAGCGGAGUCCCCCCGCAGCGUGGCCUCAACGGUGGCCGUUUCGACUUUGAUGAUGGUGGUACAUACUGUGGUGGGUGGGAGGACGGUAAAGCCCAUGGGCACGGUGUGUGUACCGGACCCAAAGGGCAAGGUGCCUACGCCGGAUCCUGGCAUUUCGGCUUCGAAGUUUCCGGUGUCUACACCUGGCCCAGUGGCAGUUCGUUCGAGGGUCAGUGGCAAAAUGGCAAGCGGCAUGGGCUGGGCGUGGAGACGAGGGACCGGUGGCUGUACCGUGGCGAAUGGACGCAAGGCUACAAAGGCCGCUACGGGGUGCGGCAAAGCACCACCAGCAACGCUAAGUACGAGGGCACCUGGGCUAAUGGACUCCAGGACGGAUACGGCUCAGAAACUUAUGCCGACGGCGGCACAUACCAAGGACAAUGGAUGCGAGGUCUGCGGCACGGGUACGGUGUCCGCACAUCAGCGCCGUUUGGGCUGGCGUCGCACUAUCGCGGAGGCGCACGAGGGCAUCGCGGCUCACAGGCUUCACUUGCGGAUGCGGCAGGGACGCCGGAUCCAUCAGAGCGGCGAGCGACACGCAUGGAUGACGCUCGUGGUGGCUUCGUGCUUAAGGCCAGCUCCGACGAGCCUGGCCGGCGAGGCUCGCUCGUUGAAAAAACCAAAAAAGGAUUGCUAUCGAAGUUGCGGAAGCAGCGCAGCGCCGGCGAGCUGGAUAAGCGGGGUACAGGUUCGGUCCGCUCGGGGGGCUCCGGGGGCUCCGGCUCUUCGUGGGUCUCCUCAGUGGAGAGCUCUCACUCUGCCAUGACACACGUAUCUCUACAAACCAACUCUAAUGCCAGCUUUGUGGUUGAGGAUGAACAUCUGGACGCAAACGUAACAGAGACCUAUAUGGGCGAAUGGAAAAACGAUAAGCGAACGGGAUUUGGUGUGAGCGAACGUAGUGACGGACUGCGAUACGAGGGUGAAUGGUUCGCAAACAGAAAGUAUGGGUAUGGCGUCACCACCUUCCGCGACGGGACGCGGGAGGAGGGCAAGUACAAGAACAACGUGCUCAUCACAAGCCAAAAGCGGAAACACAUGUUUCUUAUGCGCUCGGCUAAAUUCCGGGAGCGCGUUGACUCAGCAGUCAAUGCGGCACAGCGUGCGUCCAAGAUUGCAUUACAGAAAGCCGAUAUAGCUAUAUCAAGAACUGCUACAGCACGCGGUAAAGCCGAACAGGCCGAUGAGGCUGCAGACCAAGCAAAAGAAGACUGUGAUAUUGCCCAAGCUACUGCAAAACAGUUUGCUCCAGAUUUCAAACACCCUGGCUUUGAUCGAAUAGGUUUAAGAGACAGAUAUAGACAAAGGAAUUACGAUGCGCAAGUCACGACGCCCGUAUCACAAGAAUCCGAAAAGAUCAUGGAUGGAAAGAGCAUUCCAAAUCAUAUCCCUCCGAUGCAUUCACAACUCCCAAAUGCCAAUAAAAUACCUAACGCGAUGCCUUCUAGACGACCUUCCACUCAAUAUCCUAAGCCACCGACAUCUGUAGAUGCAAGAUUAACCAAUAGUUCAAAUUACAACACAGACAAUAGAGUAUUAGGACCUUCCUAUGAUUCUUAUAAUUCGCCCAGUCAAGAUGCAUGGAUAUCUCCAAAUACUCAGUAUGCAGAUAAUCAGAAACCAUAUUUACCGAAUGAACAAACUAAUACAUACAGCUCUGCCCCAUCGAAUGCAGCGCAACAUUCAGCUUAUCGGUUAAAUAGGCAAGAUACGUUACCACAACAACAAACUAUGGACCAAAGUAGUCAGCAGUAUAUAAAUCAGGGUCGUCGGUUAUCAUCUACUGUUAGGCAAACUCCUAAUCAGAGACCGCCACCACAAGAUUGGAACACUACACAAAACAUACCUAGACGACAAAGCGUACUCGCUCAACCGUCAAAUGAUCCUCAAGAUAGCGUUUACGUAGAUACUGGCACCGCCGCCUACGGCAGAAACGAAUUCCGAAGUGGAACUGUGUAUUCCGAGGGACCAUUGGAUCGAACGCAAGCGCCAGUAGACCAAGCCUACCGACAACCUAUGGAUAAUGUAUACCGACAACAACUCGAACAGCAGCAACAGGGAUAUGGAAGACAAAUGCUAGAGCAGCAAGGAUACAAUAGACAAGCGCCCGAUCAACAGAUGUAUCGACAGGCUCAAUCAGAUCAGCAAACUUAUCGACAAGCCGGUGUAGAGCAAGAUAUCGUUAAUGGUGCAAGAGCACCGGGCCAGAGACCAUCAAUAGAUUAUUUCGAUCAUUAUAAAAGACCACCUAGUAGAGACGGCAGCGUAGACCGCUACGGCCGAAGAUCGCGGCAGCCGUCUGUGGAGGCAGCUGCGCCUAGCGGAGGGUCACGCGCGGGCUCCGUGGCACCACAGCCCGCUGCCACCUCGCGACCUCCCUCCCGCGCAGCCACGCCCGCAGCAGGGAACGGCCACCUCACAUCGGGACGGGGCUCCAUUUCCCGGGCGAGUUCACGAGAACACCAACCUUUUGAAGAAUCUCUAUUACGACAGCGAACUCUCGGACAGGAAAUAUCACCGUCUCCUUACCAACCAAAAAGAACCGAGAGCUUGUUCAUGGCUCAAAAUCCGGCGCCGCCGCCAGCGGCGCCCGUGACUGGGGGAGGUGGAGGGGGACGAAAGAUGCUGAGUACGCCGCAGGCUCUACAGCGUAAGAAGUCUUUGCCGGACGUGGCGGGGAUGCCGCGUAUGCCGGACGGUGGGGGCAUGUCUCGAGAAGAGGUCUCCGCGCUCGGCUCUGCUCGCCGCGAGGAAGUGCGCCGCAUGCAUGAGGAGUCGGAGAAGCUCAGGGCGAACCCCUUGUUAUAUCUAGUCAGUCCGCAAGUGAAGGACUGGUUCUCCCGGCAGCAGCUUGUGAUUCUGGUGUUGUUCAUCAACAUCUCGCUGGGCAUCAUGUUCUUCAAAUUACUCACGUAGCACCGGCGGGAGGCGCGCCUGCGCCGGGACCUCUAUGCAUUGUCAAUCGUAUUGUAAAUAUUUGUAUAUUUUCAACCAAUAGCCAAAUCCUUCAUUCAUGUCAAAUCUCUUAUAGCUACAUUUGUUAAAAACUCCUUUUGAUACGAAUUACCUACCAUUUUAAAUGAAAGCGACUAAAAACAAUCCGUAUUUAUUUGUCACUAAGGACUACGAUUUGUUGUUAGUGUACGUAAUUAUUAAUUGACGUUGUGCAAGUGUGCAGUUGUAAUACGAGAAUUAUAAAAGUGCAAAAUGGUAUUUUACACAUACGUCAGUCCGUUUCAUAUUUAAUGUGAGAGAGUGAUAAUAUGUGUCCCUGUCGGAAUCUCGAGUGUAAGGAGUACGAGUUGUUUAAUGAACCUGCAUAUUGUAGGUUUAUAUGCCUUCGAUGAUAGUGCUUAACGCCUUAUAUUGCCUCAGUUGUUGAAUAUGAUAUUUUACGAACAACUGUUUAAAUUAUACGGUCGACGUGGGAAGCUAUAUGUACACUUACAUAAAAUUAACUAUGCAUAUGAAUUAUUUGUUAUUUCCUACAUAGUGUAUUUUGUAGGAAACAACACUAACUGACAGUUGUUUGGUUGGAUAUCGUGAUUGAUUUGUGCGAUACCGAAUAGGUACGAUAGUCUUUUUAUUUCGAGAUUUUUGGAAAUACUAUUUGAAAUUUUCCAAAUUAUCUUAUGAAAUUUAAUCUCUUUCAUAAUGUACGUAUAUAAUUACUAAAUGAAAUCAAAAGCACAAAAUUCUGUUAGUAUAUAAAAUUGUAAAUAGAUAAAUUUAUUGACAUUUACAAAAGAUAAAGUGUUUUAAAUUUAUGAAAAUAUUUAAGUAGAUAUUUACCAACAUCGUUUUGCUUGUUACUAAAAGUUUAAUAGAUGGAAAGCUAUAAUGCUUUAUUUUCCUAUAUGAUGAAAUUUGAAAUUAAUAAAUGUAAAGGCGUUUAUUAGAAAUACUCAGUUUUUUUACAAAAUAUAGGCUUCCUUUUUAUACCUAUGGUGUCAAUUCUCUCGUAAACGAAGAUUUUGUAUAAUAAAUGGUACUAUUCAAUUAUACAAUAUAUUAAAGAUUUUAUUAAAUUAAUUAGUGUUGGUAUGGCAAGCGUGCAAUAUACACUUUUGUUGAGCAACGAAAGUAAUGGAAACAAGAACUCAUUGAACGGUUUAAUUAUAUUAAAGUUUUUAAGACAAGUUUCACAGUUUCAUUAUAUUAUGUAAAAUUAUAAGUUAUAUCUAUAAGAAUUUUAAUUACUUGUAUCGAUUUUAUCUACGUUUCACAAAUAAAAUAUUUUAACA